AGGAUGGCACAUCAAUCAUUGCCAGAAGGUUUGCUGUGUCUCCCAGCACAGUCUCAAGAGCAUGGAGGAGAUUCCAGGAGACAGGCAGUUACUCUAGAAGAGCUGAAUGGGGCCGUAGAAGGUCCUUAACCCAUCAGCAGGACCGGUAUCUGCUCCUUUGUGCAAGAAGGAACAGGAUCAGCAUCAGCACUGCCAGAGCCCUACAAAAUGACCUCCAGCAGGCCACUGGUGUGAAUGUAUCUGACCAAACAAUCAAAAACAGACUUCAUGAGGGUGGCCUGAGGGCCCGACGGCCUCUAGUGGGCUCUCUGCUCACUGCCUGGCACCGUGGAGCUCGAUUGGCAUUUGCCAUAGAACACCAGAAUUGACAGGUCAGCCACUGUCGCCCUGUGCUUUUCACGGAUGAGAGCAGCUUCACCCUGAGCACAUGUGACAGAUGUGAAAGGGUCUGAAGAAGCCGUGGCGGACGUUAUGCUGCCUGUAACAUCGUUCAGCAUGACCGGUUUGGUGGUGGGUCAGUGAUGGUCUGGGGAGACAUAUCCAUGGAGGGACGCACAGACCUCUGCUUUCACAACUAUUCUUCUGCUGGAGUUGCUGUGUGAGGAUGCAGUCAAACAGGUCUGAGUACAGUCACAGGCGGCAGUACAGUGACAGAAGUUCAAGGCAGUGGGAUGACUAUGAGGAUAGAAGGGAAGAAAGGCGUGAACCUCACAGAGAUAUACCGCAGGAUUCUUAUCAGAAAUAUGGUGGGGAUGGACAUAGUAGCACAGAGAGGACAAGUAGAAGUAGAGAGUUCAGUGACUCUCCUAAGAUGCUGUACAGCAAAGACUCAUUGAACAGAGACUGGAGCAGAAAGAGCUCAGCGAGGAGACUCAUGUCCUCACCUGAAUGGGGUACUUCUGAAAAGAAAAGGCGAAUGUUUACAGAGGAUGAUAAAGAUGAUUACAGAUACAGGCGUGAGCCUGAGGAUAAAACAAACAGGCAGUCACCAGACAAUUUUUCACAUGCAACCAAGGAUUUUAAACGUACACUAUCACAGGAAGAGGAUUUAAAAUACAGGAAAACGCCUCAGGACUCCAGAUAUUGGCAUGAGGAGUUCAGCUAUAGGCAACAACAUGAUGACUGCAGACAAUCGUCUGGAUAUUACAAAGAUAGAGAUGGUCAUGAAAGGAGCCGAGACUGUUCACAAGAGAGGACACAGUCACAAGAUCGCUCCACUAAGAGUUAUGCCAAACCCAGAGAGAGGAAUGACAGCCCCUCCACACACGAGGAUUAUCGUCAAAUUAGAAGACUGUUUCCAUUGAAUGGAUCAAGUGGACAGUCUUCUGAGAGUGAUGUCACCAACCAAAGUGCAGCUGUCACUGAGCAGAAGAAGUCAGCCGUGGGCUUCCAGCGCUUCCUCGAUGUGCUCAACAAGGGUGUGAAUGUCGCCACGCUCACCAAGAUAGUGACUCAGACCUCCACAGAAGUGGAUGAUCGACCACGUUCUCCAACUUCUUUCAUGAACACUGAUCGUCCGUGGUCUCCAAGUUAUGCUGGGAGGCAACAGGGAAGCCACCAAAAUCCCAGCCACUGGAGCGAGAGCGAAGGAUCCCAGAGACUGGCUUCUCCACAGCCUCCACAGUCCUUUAGCCCAAAGGGGCACUCUCUGUCUGAUAGCAAGUCUCUGCAAAGGGGUGACGGAGAACAAAGCUACUUUAGCUCAAACAGCAGAUCCAGGUCUCCCUCAGUGGUGGAAAAGAUAACACUGACAACUGAAGAUGAGCACAAGCACAGGCAAAUGCAGGAUGUUUUGCAGGCCAUUGGCAUGAAUUUAGGAUCCGAGGAACUGGGCCAGAUGUCGCAUCGUAUCCAGGAGCGGUUGUAUGGAAAGAAGGAUAGUGACGGUGGCCGCCUUCGUAGAGCAAGUAGGGAAAGGGAGACAAAGCAAGCGUGUUCACCAAGACGGAAAAGUAGAUCAUCAUCGUCAAGCAAAUCUAGUUUUAGCCCUUUAAAUCAGGAAUAUUACAAGAAAAAAGACUGUUAUAGUACUCAGAGGGAUGUAACAGAGGUACACCAAGUACAGGUAGAUGAAGAUGUUGACUAUGGCCAGAAUAGCAGUAGUAGCACUUUACAGGAGAGUGAGAAAUGUGAAAAGUACUCCCAGGAAAGCACUGCUGCAUGUCAAUCAUUUUCUCAAAAUUCUGCAUACACUUUUUCAAAGCCAUCUCCUACACCUGUUAUGCCAAUGUACUCUCCAGUAAACUGUUCACCACUGCCAUAUCCAGCUCUUCCUCCUAACCUUCCCCACCUUGGACCCAGGCUGUUCUGGCCUCCUUUCUUCCCUUACCCCCAUGUCCCACCUUUGAACAUCUUUCCAGCAGUACUCGCUCAAACGAGUCAACUACUCCCACAGCACAUAAGCAAUCCACCUUACUUUAACCUGCCAGGUAUUAACCCAGUUCAGCCUCUGAACACCACACAAAAACCAAAACCACUCCCAAGGACCCGCUAUCUGCAGGUCAUUGAAACCAAACAACCUGGAUGAAGACAGUUGCAUAUGGUAGAAAUCUGACUGACUGAUAUAGUUAUUUUGCCUCCGGAGAAUAGUAAAAGAUCGUUAUAAAAUAAACUGUUGGGUCUUCAUGGACUUCCGUUUUGACCACAAACGCAUUUGAGCAUCACCUCAGAGAAAAUUAACAUUUGCAAUCACUGUCCAGCAGCAACAAAAAACAUCAGACAAGUUAACUGGCAAACAUAUAGGUGGUGUUGGAGCGCUGUCCAUCGCCCAGUCAUUUAUAACCAUAGCACAAUGUCAUGCUAAAGAAAAACACAGUUGGAAGUGUUUGUUUGUUUGUUUCUGAAAAUGUUGUCUUCUUGAUUUUUAUUUUUUAUUCAAUUUAUGUUUAAACACCAGGAUUUGAUGCAAUACAAUUUUUGUUGAAAUUAUUUGUCCACAGGUCUUUUGUAGGAUACAGGUCUGUAUCCUAAUGACAUGGAACUGUAGUUCAGUCUUCAGAGGGUUUUGGCAAACUCACAACUACAUAAUAUGCUCUACUGCUAAGCUUCAAUGUGGUUGAGGUUGACAUGUUUUCUUUUUUGUGUACACGUGCAGAAAAUGAUCCUGUAUUUGAAUAGCAUAAUAUUAAACACAAUGAUUCUAAAUCAAGA